CGCCGGGCGCGGCGGAGGAGGCGGCGGCGGGGGCAGCGCGGCGGCGGAGCAGGGCCGCGGGCACGGCGAGCGGCGGGGCCGAGCCGGGAGGGCGAAGCCGCGGCCCCGCCGAGCCCGCCCCGGGGCCUGCGGGAGCAGCAUGGCCGCCAGCCUCUGGAUGGGGGACCUGGAGCCGUAUAUGGAUGAAAACUUUGUUUCAAGAGCCUUUGCCACCAUGGGAGAGCUUGUACUGAGUGUAAAAAUCAUUCGAAACAGGUUGACAGGAAUUCCAGCAGGCUAUUGCUUUGUAGAAUUUGCAGAUCUAGCUACUGCAGAGAAGUGUUUACACAAAAUCAAUGGAAAACCGCUUCCUGGCGCUACACCGGCAAAGCGAUUUAAAUUGAAUUAUGCAACGUAUGGAAAACAGCCCGAUAACAGUCCAGAAUAUUCCCUUUUCGUGGGAGAUCUGACUCCUGAUGUGGAUGAUGGCAUGUUAUAUGAAUUUUUUGUUAAAGUUUAUCCAUCGUGUAGAGGUGGAAAAGUUGUUUUGGACCAGGCAGGAGUAUCCAAAGGUUACGGGUUUGUGAAAUUCACGGAUGAACUGGAACAGAAAAGAGCGCUGACAGAGUGUCAAGGAGCCGUGGGGUUGGGCUCUAAACCUGUACGCUUGAGUGUGGCUAUACCAAAAGCUAAUCGUGUGAAACCAAUGGAGUACAAUCAGAUGUACAGCUAUAAUUAUAACCAGUAUUACCAACAAUAUCACAACUACUACGCCCAGUGGGGCUACGACCAGAACACGGGCAGUUACAGCUACAGCUACCCCCAGUACGGCUACACGCAGAGCACAAUGCAGUCAUAUGAAGAAGUUGGCGAGGAUGCAUUGGAAGACCCGACGCCUCAGUUGGACGUCCACGAAGCAAAUAAACAGUUUAUGGAACAGAGCGAAGAGCUCUACGAUGCCUUGAUGGACUGUCAUUGGCAGCCUUUGGACACUGUCUCGUCAGAGAUUCCAGCCAUGUUAUAGCCUCGUUGCUGAGGCACUGACUGUGUGACAAACCCGCCAGUGCGCUCCGGACUGUUACGCUGCACCUGGAUCCUGCGGUAGUGAGGGGUGGCCCUUUGUGCACCCAGGUCUGUUACUCGACGUACAGGAGGCCUGUGGCGUUGCCUGUACGACACGAGUGUCGUAGGAGCAUCAUGGUAACUUUGAUUCGUGGUGGAAGUUAGAACUGCAGCAGUUUUAUUCCUUUUGUCUUGAAGUGAACUCUUAAUACUUGUAAUUUAUAAACUUUCAACCAGAUGGCACAGGGGAAAGACUCCACUCCAACGUACAAUAAAAAAGUUGGUCUUUUAAGUAAAAUUACACUCUGCAUUUUGGUUCCUGCCCCCCUUUCUGUUUGGAUGCCCAUUUAACUGUCUUUAGUCACUUGAUCCAACUCCCAUAAAUGUGUUUGUUUAUUUUUUGAAGAGUCACUGUCAGAUACCGCUAAAAUGUCUCAGAAGCUUUCUAGUGACUGGGUAAGGUUGCUGUAAACUGAGUAUGGGAAAGAACUGUGUCGAUGAAAGUUUGUGUUCUGCUUAAUCUAAGCUGUGAUCUUGAGCUAGCAAGCUUAUAGCUUGGUGUUCUUAAGCAAUCUGCCUGAAGAGCAUUUUGGAAAGUAAAGACAGGAAGGAGUUUUAUAACUACUACAGACCGAUGCCUUCCACCAGGUGGUCUCUAGCGUGUUUGGCUUGCCUCUCCACCCAUCUGUGAGGAAACAAUUCCUCAGCAGUCGAGCAGUUUAGAACACUUUUCCCAACAACCUUGUUUAAAUGUUACUCUGUGUAUCAUGCCUUUCUCAUUGUGGACAGGCCUUGAUGGUCUCGUGAUGAUGUUACGGUUUCACAGCGUCUUCCACUGUCUUGUCAGAGUGUAUAUGGUGAAACUGAAGAUCUUGCAGCAAAAACGGGUCAGAGCAAUUUAUAUUUUGUGCAACAAAUUGUUGCUAACUUGGAAAGCAUUUUUCUACUGGAUGUUGUAUAAGCUGGAUGGACGAGCAAUAUAUUUAAGCUAAUAUUAUGUUGCGUUAGAGGUGACAGCGAAAAUGAUAGCACUUAUGUACGUGUUAUAAGCCCUUUUCAGGCUUUUGUGCCUUAAACUCUUUGAGAAACAGGAACAGAUAAACUACCUGUAAUAAAUGUCUAUCCAAGAAAUAGUUUGGUAACUGGAAUUGCUACUGCAAAGCACUAAGUUGCCUCCCUCCCCAUGUUGAUGCAGAGAUUUGCCACAAAAUUUAAAUACUUUCAUAAAACCUACUUCUACUACGCCUUUGUUUGUGUCCAUAAUUAUGAUAUAUUUGUCAGUCUGUGGUCUUUUUAUCAACUGCAAUGGUAAACGUACCGUGGAUAUGAGGCUGGUGGUAACGUACGCUGGAUUAAGCAAACUUCUGAACAAGUGCUAAGAGGGCUGCUGGACCCCUGCGUUCUCACCCGCUGUGAAUUUUUUCCUCCUGCUAUGCUUUUGACUGCUGUGGGCUGCAGACAGUGUCCUAACCUUGAGUUACUCUGAAUUUAAGGAAAUGAAUGUUCCUGGUGCAGUGUUUGAAAGGCAGCGGAGAGGUGGGAGAGAGCAGAGUGAUUUUUUCUUCGGAUGGAGCUGCUCGGCGGUGCUGAGCACUGAACAAAACGAUGCCCCUCAAUAGAGUGGCGUUCAGGAGGUGAUGUAAAGGAGGUUUUUGUGUUCUGCAGUGACACGCUUUCUAGAUCGUUGUGUUACUGUGCUACAGGAGUGCUCCUCUGUGUGCCCUUCGUUCCCUUUUUGACCUGCUGUUCUCUAUCCCCCCCAAACUUUCGCUUUUAUAAAGCAGCCCUCCUCACUCGCUGCAGGAGGUGACCUGAAGCCACGAUUACUUUUUGUGUUGCUGUUCUGUGGCUGGCCAGCACUGCUGUCCUGUUUAAUGCUCCCUAAUGGAUGGGUAAGCCACAUCCAUGUAAGCUCCGUGAGCUACGCUGCUGCCUGACAGCUGUCACAGAGCCGAUAUUUGCAGGAGAUGGAGGACGAAGGGAAGCAGCACUGUGUAAAGGACAGUGGGACAGGUUAUCACAGAGUAGCACCCCUCACAGACAGUGACCCUGGGGCAAAAUCAUCUGGUUUUGUCCCAGAAAGAAAAUUGGUAGUGGUCUGAUCCAUCAUUAGUGGCAUCCCAAGCUUCCAGGAUAGCUCUGACAUACAGACCCUCAGGUCCCUAUGGGGAGAACAAUUUGGGAAUACAGAGGCCAACAGAGAUUACCCACUGAGGCCUCUUUAAGGGUGCUACAGGGCUUAAAACAACUCGUGCCUUUCUUUUUAGGAAGGAGGUUGAUGGGAGUUUUCGGGCCAUGCUCCCUUAAUGCGUGAGGCCGAUCCCUCUCUGCUGGCUGAGGAAGGGAGAGGCAGCCCCCAGCAACAGGGAAGGGGGGCAGGAAAAGCCCAGGGCAUUAGGAGAGGAAAUAAAAUUCUUACAGCUGUCUAUCAAAGCUGGGAAUUACCCUGGAGAGACAGGGGUAAAAUCGAACUGCUCCCCCACCCAGGGAAUUGGGGUGAGUGAGACAGGAGGCAGCUUCCUCUCCCUGCUGUGUUACGGAUGGGAGAGGUGCAGCAGCAGGCUGGUGAGAUGAGAAAGCAUCCUCCCUCGCCUUACUUUGUAGGCGUGGGGUUUUAAUCAUCCCUGCCAGCCUUUUGGGGUUGUUUGUGAAUCUCUGCCAAUGUUCUGUUGAGCUGGUAAUCUCUCCGCACUUUUUUUUUUUCGUGUAUCACUUACCCAUCUUAACGUUCACUUUCAGCUCCUGGCCACCGUUGCAGCACCUGGAGCACAGAGGAGACUUUUAUGUGGAGCUACAAAACAGCCACUCACCUGGAUGUGCAGGGUUUGUUUUGGAAUCCAAGUCAAACAGAGUGUGGGAUUUCAUUUCUUGUGGAUGGCUACAGGAAAAGCCCUGAUUAAUUACCAUCUGGUAUAAUGCAGGAUGAAAGAUGAGGACUGCAUGUAGUAAGGGGCUCUCGGAUGACAAUUUGAGUCACGGAGACUGGAAAAAGUUCAGCCAACCGUGGAGCUGCAGCGAGGGCUCAGGGGCAGGACACAAAGCUUUUGCUCUAAGAUCCAGCUUUUCGACCGGAUUCUUCAUGGUGGCCGUGCCUUCAGCAUCCGUACCAGCAGAAACUUCAUCAGUCCCUUCCAGUCAGCGGAAUCGACCUGGAGUUCAAGGCUGCUGUGGUUCCCAGCGUGGGAGGUGCCCCGCAGCACCAGGCAGGGCCCCUCGAUGUUCCCGAGCUCACCCAGCUGAUGCCCUGCCUGCCGGGAUGGACACGAGGAAUUACUCCCUCAGUGGAAGAGGCUGAGAGCUCGUGAGCCCCUCUCCGUGAAGGGAAUCAGUUUGCUGAAGGCUGAAAUCAUGAGGAAAGUGGGAAGUGGAUUGGGUGUAUGCAGAGCUGAGCGAGGGUUUCGGUGUCUCAGACUUCAGCAUCCUGCUUUCGAAGCCACUGCAGUUGUGUGUGAUGGGAUCUUGGCUCCUCAGUGAGCCGUGAGCUCCCCCAGCUGGGGCAGCUGCUGCUCUGCACCCAUCAGUGAGCAGGCAGCGGGAACGUUGCAGGUUCUGGUGCUGCUGAAGCUGCUGUUCGUGUGCUCGCUGUGGAAGAACGAUCCCUUCCAGGGAGUUUUUGCAGAAAAAGAGCUCUUGGGGGGAGGAUUGGGAAUAUUUGAAAUACCUUAAAAUAGGUGAAUAGUUGAGACUGUGUGGAAUACUGGGGGUGAAUAAAGGCGGUCACCCAAA